AUGGGCAGGAGAUCAGCGGGUCCCAUGGUGAGCAACCGAUCAGCACCGCUCUUUAGCCCCGGCCGUCGCUCUUCUUCCUCAUCUGGCCGCAGCUAUCUGCACUCAUCCUCUCUGCCUCUUUGCUAUCGACAACAUGCCUCACCCUCCGGUUCUCAGUCGCCCUUCUUUGGCAGCUCUGGCCAGCUGUCAUGGUGCGCUCAGUCCAUCCUCAGUCUCGCCAUGGACUCGGACGCUGAACUAAGUGACUCCUCCACUACAUCCACCACCUCUCGAUCCUCCUCCCAUCAAAGCGUUAACCUUCUGACGCCCAAGCCCAGCAUGAUACAGAAACCCUUACCAAGCUCUCCCUCCCCUUCUUCGAAUCGAAACCAGCCGGAAGGGGAGAGCGGGGAAGACGCUGGCGCAACUGUUGACCGAGGGAAGCAGCCUGGACAGGACGAAAGCGCAAGAUCUAGCGUUGCGUCAGUCGAUGAGAAAGCUCUUGACUCCCAACUCCUGGCAGUGCAGAAAAUGAUACGGCGGCAGGCU